AUGGUAGAAUUCAAAGAAAACUCCACUGGUUACGACGUCAACUACACAGCGCCACCUACAGGCUACCCGGGACCGAUUAUUUCAAUGCCUGGAGUUGUUGUCUUAGCAACGGCAAGUGUCGCUGUUUCCUUGAUUAAUAUUCUGGUGAUCACGGCUGUUGUAGUCAACAGGAACUUGCAUUCGGCUUCGAACUAUUUUUAUGCCAGCCUAACAAUAGCGGGUGUUUUUAUUGGGUUAAUUACUAUUCCAAUAAACACGUGGUUAUUUGCGACAUUUCCGGUCAGUCAGACGUAUUGGACGUGCACAGGCAUGACGUUUAUGCAAAUGGUCGGACUGAUGAGCUUUGUCCUUAAUAUGCUUGUUACGUCAUUCGACAAGUACUACCAACUGGUCCACCCUUUCAGCUACCAGAAAGUUAUGACGUCUCGGAAAGCCGUGAUCACGUCAUCAGUCACGUGGGGCAUAGCGCUUUUGUACAGCUCUGCUCCUCUUCUUGGAUGGAACAACGUCGCCCUCAAUCGGCAAACAUCCGGGUGCUUGUUCCGUUACGUGGCAACCUUUGAAUAUAUUUGUUUAACGCACUACGGUAUUGUCGUCCCGUGCACCGUCGCCAUUGUCUAUUUCAACUCAAAGAUUAUAUGCGUGGCAAAACAGGAAGCCAGAAAGAUUCGCGCUCAGAAAGUGUCUGUGACUCGACGAAAUGAUUUUCGAACCGGACGAAAAAGCACGGUGGCGCUGUUGAUCAUGUUGGGAAUGUUACUGGUCGGGUGGUUACCAUUUCUUGUGGUAGUACAGGUAUCGGCGAUGUGUCAACAUUGUGUAACUGAUAGCUCCAUCUCAGGACUCGCAUUACUGGCUCUCGCGAGUACGGCCAUUGGACCGAUGACGUACGGACUUCGUCAGGAAGAUUAUAGAAAAACUAUGGAACAAAUUCUAAUUAAGCUUUUUUGUGGGUGGUAUUGUAGGACGCCCCCAAUAGGUCAAAGAACCCCAUCUAAUGUAUAG